AGACGGUAGUAGUUUGUUUAUUAUCAGAUUCAGUAGUACAUGCCGGCGCUUAGAUGCGCACGUUCGUACAUGCACACGUUCGUAUGGACGAUUUUCUUCAUUCAAACACGUACUUGGUGUUGAAAGAUUAUCUCUUUCAGUUCGGAAGCAUGCCGGCAAUUCGACUCCCCUUCCAAAAACGGCGACCGCGCCGCCUCCUUGUGGUUGGUGGCGCAGGUCCAUUUAUGUUUUGAUGCGUCUGUACUUUCACACUAUCUCCACGACGUCCAAUGCAAGAGCUGUGGACGUGGAGCCGCAGAGGACAGAAAACAGGAAGCAAAUCACGCUGACGCCUACUGGAGAAGCGAGCGGCGCUCCCAAAUUGCGCCAAUCCACCGACUCCAUCGCGUCUGAUAGCGAUAGCCCGCGAACAAGUAGCACGGGCGGGCGAAAAAUCAGGAAAACCAAAACGAGAACCGGCACCGCGAGUAGAAAUGCGGGUCCAAACGUUGCCAGUGGCUCAGUGGGCAUCACCAACAAGACGCAGCCAGGCCAACCCUCCGCACAAGUCCUGCGUCGAGAGAAGACGUCGGACGCAACACACUUCUCGUCCUCACUGUCUCACCGCGGCGCCACCCACGCAUCCUUGGCGGCAAGGAGCGAAGUUGUUGACAGCGAACAAGUGUUGUACUCCGCGACAGCGAAAGGAGGAGAAACCCUUGUUCCGAUAGAGCAACUCGUUGCCACGCAGUCGAGCGAUUUCGGUGGGAACGAUUACAGUGCUUCCCCUCUCCUCUACGAAAGGGGCAUGUCGACACGCUGGAGUGAGAAUCCACACGGUCAACAUGUCUGCAGCCACAAUAACAACACCGUCGACAACGGCGGCUGGUGGCGACUGGAGUUCAAGGACGGAAAGAAGCACUGCCUUUCCAAAAUGGAAAUUUGGAACAGAUACGAUUGCUGCCAGGCGCGCUUGAACAACGGCUUUGUGCUUCUGGAUCCCGACGUAGAUGAUCCAGUCACCAAAUAAGUAUUACAGUGAAAAAUGCCCCCGCCCUGGAAUCAAUUUGCAAAAGUUUCUCAUGCAGCAAAGUUUCCAAAUGAAAACCUUAUCUUUCAUUCUGUCUUGCAUGAAAGGACUACGAGUACGAGCCUUUCUCAUGCAGAAUUUAGGCACGCAAGGCAUCUUCUGCAUAACAGAUCCGGGUGCUGUUGGGCUCCUUUGCAAUAAGUACAAAUUUUUGUUAUUCAGCAUGGCAAAUUUGUGUAUGCUGAUAUAUGCAAGACGUGGAGUGUUUCCAUUGGAAAGGUUUGCAAUACAAAUGCUGCCAAGUUCUGGGGUGGGGGCGUUUUUCAUUGUCACGCCAGAAUUGAUUUGCUCGCUGCCGCCGGGAAAAUCCAGCUUCCGGCGGAGGUGCCUUUCGUCACUACCGCGGACAAUGGAAACGAUACAAUAGACGGCGCAGUCGUGGACCUUUCGUCGAAAGAGCCGUUCCAGUAUUUGUACGUGAUUGGUCCGGAGGAUCAGACAACCUUGACCAUUUGUGGUGCGCACUUCUACAGCGCCGACGCCUGGUGGGAGGCCAGCGCGAAAAAGUCUACCCCUGCGGCAACGGAAGAAUCACAUGCAAUGGGAAGAUCAUGCAAUAGUGUCAGCGUUCUCAUCGCAGGACCUAUUUUGUUGUCCACGUGGUUGUGGUUGUAGCACACAACUGAUUUACAGGCGUGAAAAAGCAGCGUAGGAUUGCCUGAAUUUCUGCACCAAGGCACAGACUCAUAUAACGGAAAAGCGUCACGCGCACGGCC